UCUUCCAGGCAUCACUUGUAAGUGAACAGAGGACUGCAGACUCAGACAAGGAGUGCAAGAACACCAUCUCCUUCAAGAGUACUAUUUAUUCAAAUUGUACUUAUUAACGAUUUGAAGAUGAGUUAUUUGCUGUUUGGAGUAACUGCCCUACACGUCGUCAUAUUGAUCAUCCUUUUCGUUGCCACCCUUGACAAUUCGUGGUGGGUACUUUCAGAGGAUGAAACACUGAACCUCUGGCAUGACUGUAUUUAUAACAACAGCUCAGAAAGUUGGAUGUGCUCUUCUGUGUCAACAAAUGAAUGGUUCCGUGCUGUUCAAGCUCUGAUGGUCCUCUCAGUCCUAUUCUCCAGCUUUUCCUUUAUGCUGUUCAUGUGUCAGCUUUACACCAUGGAGAAAGGUAGACUGUUUUAUGCUACGGGCGUCUUCCAGAUACUUGCAAGUCUUGCAGUGUUUUCAGGAGCAGUAAUCUACGCAAGCCAUGUGACAGAGUUUAAUGAAGACAAGCCUCAAGGAGGACAUUUUGGUCACUGCUUUGUGCUGGCGUGGGUGGUCUUUCCUCUCAGUUUGGCAAGUGGAAUCAUGUACAUCCACCUGCGGAAACGGGAGUAACACCAGAAAAUCAUCUUCCUGUUCAUAUAUUACGAGAUCUUUACCAAGACUGUGUGGAAUGGAACACUGCCUCUGAGUUACAUCUCGAUCAGCCUGCCUUCGAUUUCUGUGGCCCAUCAAAUUUUAAGCAUCAGAAUCAUCAUGAUCAAAUGCACUAUUUUUAUCCUUUUCAAUCUCCAUUCCAUUGUUUGCUAUGGUCCUGGAUACUGCAAAACUUUAUGGCUAAUUUACAGCUGGAUUCAGAAUGGAUUUGUAUCAACAUUCCACACAAAGACAACCCAUCUUAUUAAAUCAUAUAUGCACAGCUAUUGUAUGCAGAGCAAUAUACAUUUCUGCUCCUGCAUACCCUCAGGGAACCGCCCCAUGCUACAGAAGUCAUAUAAAAUAGUAAAUUAAAAUGUUUAAGCAUGCCAACAACAGCAGAAAAAAAGUGCAAAAGGAAUUGCUUGAUCUUGAAUUGAGCUAAUGUAAAUCUGAAUAUUCUUAAUAAUGUCAGAUUAAGAACAUUUUUAUACAUAAGUGAAAAUAGAAGUAUUAUUUCAUAUUCAAAACAAUAUUUUAGUUAGGUUUUACUUCAUUUAUAAAAAAUGGAUGUACACAUGUCCACUUUGCUUUAAUAAUGAGAAUAUUUUUAGUUCAUUCCUUUUAUAUUUUGUAUAUACCUGAUUUUAAAUCUGCAGUCAUGUAAAAUGUUUUAGUACUG